AUGCCUCAAGCAUACCCUUCCAUCCAAUCCUUUUACAAAAGAGAGGCCGCAGCAGGAAACGGAGAAGCUGCCCCUAAAGAACCCCCAAGACACGGCGAUGGCUUCACAGAAGAAGAACUAGCUGAUGCAGUGGACCCUUUGAACCGCAAAUGGGACCCAGAGCGCGAGUACGAAGAAUGCACCAUCGACCAGCUUAUCCCCGGACCGAAGGCUGUCAUGUUCGUUGGCCGCAUCGUUAACUUCACUACCAUCAUCGGUCAGAGCCAGAAGCAGCCAAAGGCGACGGGCUGGCAUUAUAUGCUGGUCAAGGAUGACAGUGCUGCGAUCUCGGUUAAGCUCUACUUUGCUCACAAUCCGUACCCGCUUAAGCUGGGCUACCUGGUUUCCAUCUGGACGGGAUUCAUCUCAGACACGUCAAAAGGAGACGCUGUUACUAUCGAUGGAGUUAUCGUCUGCGCGAAUCUGUUUCCGGGCCGCGUCACCUCGGAUCAUAUCAUGAUCCAUACGACGCUCGGCACGAACGCUCUCUGCCACGCACCGAUUGGGUUCCGCAAGGGACAGCCGCUGCCGGGGCUCAUGGCGCUGGAUAGCUGGGUCCGCGAUGGGCAUGAUGGCGUUCAGGGGGCGAAGAUCCUGGCUUGUGUCAAGAGUGUUGGAGCAAAGCGGAAGAUUGCUAAGAAGAACGGAGGCGAGUGCGAGAUACUCGAGGUGUUGCUAUUUGAUCAUACAGGGGAGGUGAGGAUGGCUGUUUGGGAUGGCAUGAUUGAGUCGGCGAAGGAGUGGGUGUCUGGACAGACUAUCUUGCUGAUCUCGAACCCGGGAUUUAGGGUUGAGUAUCAGGGGAAGGGCAGUGUAAGUGUGAUUCGCCAGACGAUGAUUGAGAUUGAGCCUGAGUUUCCUGACGCCGAGUGGUUGCGGAAGUAUGCGGUGGGGCUGACGAAGAAGGAGAGUUUGUGUUUGGAGUUUCCGGAGGAUGUGUGGGAUAUAGAUGCUGCAGAAUAUGGAGCCUUUAGGCCAUUGUAUACACUUGCUGAGCUGGAUACUUGGGUUCGUUCAGAUGGCCAGCAAGUCUUGACAGGCUUCCUCAGCAUGACCAUCAUGGAUAUGUCCCUCGUCUCCUACCACCGCCGCAACAUGCUCAUGUGCGCUGAAUGGUGCUCGCUCCCUUCCCCUUUCCCCUCCCACAACAAAAGCCACGCUAACCCAGGCAGCUGCGGCAUACCUAUCUAUUCCAAUAUGCUCUCCACACCCUGUCGCAACUGCAACAUGUCCCUAACCCUCCACAUCAACCCCAAGAUCCUUGGCACUCUCCUCGACGAGACCGGCGCUAUUGCACCGGGAAAACUACUCUGGAGCGAGAGGGCGUGGGAGAAGUUCUUCGGGAGGACGGUCAAGGAGGUAUGUGUCAUGAGCGCGGAAGAGGUUAGGCUUUUUGAGCAGAGGGUGAUGUUCAUGAGGAUGCAUCUGUGUUUUGGGUGGGAGGAGAAUGUAGGACGGUUGGCUGUAUUGGGGGUUUUUGCUUGA